AUGUCUGAUCACGGGGAAGUCGAGGUCGAAAACCCCUCUGGGGCUUUCCAGGCCCUGCCCAAGGACGCUCUUGCGGAGAUGGGAUCCGUCAAGCUGUUCAACAAGUGGAGCUACGAGGAUGUUGAGAUCCGGGAUAUCUCUUUGACCGAUUAUAUCCAGAUCCGCAACCCCGUCUACAUCCCUCACACUGCUGGUCGUUAUGCCGCCAAGCGUUUCCGCAAGGCUCAGUGCCCCAUCAUCGAGCGCCUGACCAACUCCAUCAUGAUGAACGGCCGCAACAACGGCAAGAAGCUCAUGGCUGUCCGCAUCGUUGCCCACGCCUUCGAGAUCAUCCACAUCAUGACCGACCAGAACCCCCUCCAGGUCGCCGUUGAUGCCAUCGUCAACUGCGGUCCUCGUGAAGACAGCACCCGUAUUGGUUCCGCCGGUACCGUCCGUCGCCAGGCCGUCGAUGUCUCUCCCCUCCGCCGUGUCAACCAGGCUAUUGCCCUCCUAACCAUCGGUGCCCGUGAGGCUUCUUUCCGCAACAUCAAGAGCAUUGCUGAGUGCCUUGCUGAGGAGCUGAUCAACGCUGCCAAGGGAAGCUCGAACUCCUAUGCCAUCAAGAAGAAGGACGAGCUCGAGCGUGUUGCCAAGAGCAACCGGUAA